UGUCCAGUAUAGGGACCCUACUUGAGUAGCUAAAAUUUGCGCUGAUGUGAAUUUUGCGAGAUUCUUUAUUAGCGCCGUUUCUGUUAUUAUCAGCCAUUCAGUGGCUAAUUAGUAACUACUCAUAAUAAUACAAAUGUCAGUUCAACUGUAAUCGCAAAUUACUAUUCUCAGUUCUUUUUUCAGACAUCGCUGUAACCCAUUUUCAUUCUGGUCAGUGAUUUCGCAUCCGCCGGUGGAAAGGCAGUCUCAAUCGAGUCUCAACCUGGAAAUGCAGGUCAGUUUCACCAGAAUAAACAGGGAAAUAAAACGAAUACUAGACCACCGAAGGAACCUGUAUGUAAAGAUUUCAUCAGAGCGCCGGACAUACCUAAUCUAAGAGAGGGCUCUGGAACGAGGAAAGCGCUUGACCUAGUGCUCUCGGUGCACUCUGGUCUAGGCGACCUGUCAUGCUGCCGAAAUUCAGCUUCUAACUUUUCCUGCCCAAAUAUACAUACAACACUGCCCUAAAUUGAGUAGCGAUGGUACAAUACAAUGGUUUAUGGAUCUCUGGUAAACAAAAGGACCUUGUUAUGAGAGGAAGAAUUUUAGUUAUGGCAACAGGUAAAUGUCCCCUGCUACACGCCGCACGACUUGUUAAACAAACGGGUUGGAGGCUUUUUGGAUCUUGGCGACGACUUCUCAUACUAGGCUGUAUUGUACUACUUGUUAUGGUGUAUCUUCAUGUAAAUUUAAACUCAACUUUCUUCGUCGAAAGUCGGCCAUGGGAAAGUAAAGAAAAGUGUGGCGUUGGUUCUGCAGGUAGGAGACAUCUGAUGAACAUCACAAACCAAGUGUCUCAAAUUUUAGAUGAAAUGCACAUUGUUCAUUGGCUCUUUUACGGAACGCUUUGGGAGAUGCGCCGUUUAAAAUAUCCUUUAAUGAGCGGAAACUCUGUUGACAUUGGUAUUCUCGCAAACCGAGCUUUUACUGAUAAAACGUGGCGUAAAUUUUUAGCACCAUUUAAAUCUGCAGGUUUCAUUGUUUCGGGCAACAAAGAACGUUUGUUUAUCAAAGGUUCAAUGAAUUUUCGUAGGAACCCGUUCAAAGAUCUUGUGGUCAAAGUUUAUACCUUUUAUAACUGCAAUGGCAUAGUUCAGCGUACAGGGUUGUGGUCUUGGUUGUUUUUCAUAAAUUACAAAAAAUAUCAUUCUUUCCCGUCGUCGUUUUUGGCACCUGCUCUCCCCAAAGUUCGCUUCGGAAGGGUGGAUAUUCCUGUGCCACGAGGAGGACUGGAAAUAUUACGAUAUAUCUAUCCUACAAAUUGGAAUGAAAACAUAACAUCUCACUGUUAUUUCACAAAACCAUUGCUAGACUAAUACUGAGUAUGCUCCAGUGCCAUACAUCAAGGGCACUUCGGAGCGCCUACCAAGAGCAUUUAAAUCACACGAAAUCACUCUUGUCCACAAACCUUUCAAUUCGUUGAGAUGACAAGCUUUGGAAAGCAAAGCAAAGUUAACAUAUAAAACUAACUUUUUAUGUUCCUAGUGAGGGGAGCUAAACCAUGGUGAUUCGAUUACCAGUCAUUGGCAAAGCUCAAGACGUAACAUUCUCGGGGCUUUUAAUUUAGCAUUUAUUCUUCGCUUACACAUGAAUUCAAAGUAAACUGUUUGCAAAACAGUCAGAGUUUAAAAGCUCUUCCCACUACACCGCUAUUUGAGACAUUCCUUGUUGCCUCCAUAGCAACAAUCGUGCAUGAACGUCGAGUCUGAUAACUCUGUUCAAAAUCAGUGUUAGAAUAUAAAAAAAAAAAACAUUCUGCACUGAGAGCGCAAUUAAAAAUCUUAUUAAAAAGUGGGAUAUUUAGUUCGGUUCCUCCGAACUUCGUCAGCCACAAUAAAAAUUUGAAUGUUAAGAAGGGUUAUAUGAUGUUCAGUAUUGUCUCGAGGGAGCUAAAAUGGUGUCACAGAUGUUGGGUAAUUCGAAACCAUUGUCUCUGCUCAAAGAGGGCUUUCGUAAUCGGAUCUCGAUUGCCUCCCUUAUGCGACGUUUGAACGUGUUGCUUUCCGUGGCAGAACUUUUGGCUCGCUAGAAUCCACUGGAUGUUCCGUAAGCUGGCAAUGUUCAUCAUGAACAGCCGACUAAUUCCUCGAAAGAUGGUCCUCUACUCAAGCUUCUAAUAAACAAGAGGUUUCGCCAACAUUUUCUUUGUCACAUUGUUCGCAAUGGAUGUGAUAGACUGUUCCGCACUUUUUAAGGUUUCUGUUUACUAGCUGUGCUGCUUCCCAAAUGCUGUCGUGGCAGAGGGCCGUUAUACAAGGUAAAUGUUCUACAAGGAUAGAAGCAGUUUGCACACCGAGAUGGUCAUGUAAUGAUGAAUUACAAUCUCAAUGCCCUCUUCAGUUUUAAACAAAGAUCUGCCCCUAGAU